CUUGAGAUUAUUCGGCCUAUACGUUAAGUUCGUAUGCGAUAAGUGAUUUUUUACCUAAAAUACUUUUAAAUAUAGGAUUAGCUCAUCAGUUAGAAAUUAUGUAAUUAACAGAAAAAAAUUCUAAAAAUUGUUUUAGGGCAAAACAUAUUAAUUUGAUCAAGAAUAUAAAUUUUAUUUUUUCCAUACGAUAUUUUUUAAAUAAUUUUUAUAUAAAUUCACCUUGAGUAAGGCGCAUGUCUUAUCCUUAUCCUGGUUGGAAUAUUAAGAGACUUGAAUAAUUUUACUGACAGGUGGACGCUAAGAUUCGGAGCAAAAAUGAAAUAUAUAAACCGUAACAAACAAAGGGGAUUAAUUAUUAUGUUAGUAUAGAAUAUGUUGUUGUUGAUAUAUUCUACGAAUAUUAUUAUUUUUCCAUGAAAAACUUAUCUACUAUUUAUGUUUAAUAUUUUUUUCUUAAUAAAAUUUCAAUCUUUUAGUAGGGCCUCCUUUUAGUAUUGAUAAACUUAAAAGUCUACGAAAAUAUUUUGUACGGGUUAGAAAAUAUUUUGUACGGAUUAGAAUAUAUUUUGUACGGGUUUAAGAAUAUUUUUAUACAUACAUAUUUUGUUGGCAAAUAAACCUAUAUAUACGUCUUGUUGUUUCGCUGUGUUGUUAUCUGAAACGUCCCUUUCAGAUCUCACAUCAUCCCUUCAUCAUAUUUUCCUCUAUCCUUAACAACAUAUCAUCUCUCUACUUACACCAUGGAUCCAAACACCAAUUCAAACGAUCGUAUCAACCUUGAUCUGUCCUUGGGGAGUGGUCCUCAAGCAAAAGAUCCGCUCGAGCAACAUGGCAAGUUCAUGGAACUCUUGAGAUCAGUAAGUGAUUCUACACAAAAUGCCCAGCCUUCUCCUCCUCUUCCUCCACUUCACACGAUGCCUCCUGGAUACUACAACCUAACAUACCCUCAGAAUGCAGCAGGACAACUUCUUCUGCCUCCUAUAACGAACCAGGGUGGAGUUGGAGCCUUGGAGACUCCCCGACCAGGAACUAGGUUAGGUCGCCCACCUGGUGGGCAUCACGCACGUCGUAAUUCAUCGAAAGCGGCAGCCACGGUUGAAGAAAACGUUGAGAAGGAUAUCAUACCACCAUAUCCAUGGGCGACCACAAGGCCAGCCCGAAUUCACAACCUUAGAUACUUGUAUGUGAAUAAUAUAAACGUGAUCUUUGGACAAGUCCAUUGCAAGCCUUGCGAGAGUACUCAAACCAUUAAGUAUAAUCUCACGGAGAAGUUUGGGGAAUUGUAUCGUUACAUUUAUGACAACAAGGAGGUGCUGCGUCACCGAGCCUCGAAAGUUUGGUCUUGUCCUAAACUGACUCCAUGCUGCUCAUGCAAGAACGGGAUGAAGCCGGUGAUCGGCGAGAAUAAGGAAGAAAUCAACUGGUUAUUUCUUUUGUUAGGGCAAAUGUUGGGAUGUUGUACUUUGGAUCAGCUCAGGUACUUUUGUGACAAAACUAGUCAACAUAGAACCGGUGCAAAGGAUCGUGUACUCUACAUAACUUAUUUUGGUCUAUGCAAGCAGCUCGAGCCAUGCGACUUAUUUAGUCUAUGACUCAUAUCGGAAUCGGGCAGGGCUGAUGGCUUUUAAGGUUUAUUUUGGUUUUCAUAGUGAGUUUUAGGGGUUUUAAGGAACAAGUAUUAUUAAUGCGUUCAGUAAAAAAAAGUAUUAUUAAUGCGUAAGUUUAGGGUUUACGUCUUUCAAGCAGCAAUAUAUACAUUCCAUUUGGAGCGAGAGGAAUGGAUCCUCAAUCACCGGCACAGCUCAUUCAGUUCAUGGACAAGUUGGUGCGUAACAGAUUCUCUACGCUUACCAGAAGGUGGGUUACACAUUUUGACAAAGCAAUGUCAAAGUGGUUUCAGUCACGAGAGUAAAAGGAUACUCUGGUCUUCAAGUUUCAAUCACAUGUAGGUUGAGUUACAAAACCAAACCUUAGACCACAUUCUUUUUACAACUGUUUUUGAGAUGAAUUAAUUUAACAUUAUUUCAAAGAUAUGCAUAAGUCGUCCUUUUGUAUUCUUUUUGUUAAAAUCUGUAAUUAGUAUGUAU